AUGAUAAGCAGGCUACCGAUGGCCAAGCAAGCCGAACGAGAGCAAUUAUGUCAGCUGGUCGACCAGUGGAAUGAAAAUCGGCUUGAUUUAUUCAACUUAAGCUAUCCGACAGAGGAUCUUGAAAUUCAUGGUGUUAUGCGAUUCUAUUUUCAAGAAUCGAAAGAUAAAGUAUUGACAAAAUGUAUUCGUGUUUCCAGUACAGCAACAGCUCGGGCAGUUAUCAAUGCGUUGGUCGAUAAGUUUCAUCCUGAUUUGAAAAUGCUCAGUGAUCCAGAAUAUACUUUGUGGGAAGUUCAUGAAAAUGGUGAUGAGCGAUGUUUAGGACUCAGUGAGAAACCAUUACUUGUACAGCUGAACUGGCAUAAAGAUGAUCGCGAAGGUCGGUUUCUGUUGAGGACAAAUCCUAGUACCACUUCUGUCAAGGGUGCCAUAGGUGGUUUGAGUGGCAGCCAAAAAAGGUUUUCGAAAAAGGAAGAAAAAGAAUUGAAAAAGAAGCAUCAAAGAGCAGUUGAGCAACAAGAGCCGAAGUUACGCGCCUCCGAAGAAUUAUAUAAAGCAUUGCCACCAACAACAUUUACGCGAACAAUUUCGAAUCCAGAAGCUGUGAUGAAAAAACGACGCGAAAAAAAGAUUGCUGCAAAAUUAAAAGAUUUAGGUCAAGGUGGUAGUUUAAAGAUUUAUGGUUAUGAAUUAGAACCAAGUCGUCCGUACGUCACACUUCUUGUAUCAGUACGUGAUACUACAAGUAGAAUUUUGGAGGAAGUAUUAGAAAAAUAUGGUAUCAAUAAAAAUGUGGAAGAGUAUGUUUUGGUUGAGAUGGUGAUACCAGUUUCUACGAAACUUUCUUGUUCAUUAAGCGAUUUACGGUUCUUGAAUAUCAGUCGGCGUGAACGAAUUAUGGAUUAUAAUGAAUAUCCAUUGAUUAGUCUAGCAAAUCGUAUACCAGAUCCGUCAGAAGAAAUAUUUUUUGUUGUGAAACAGCAGUCAUCUGAAGUACCAAGACGGCACGCUCGUCACUCAUCAAUAUCAUCAACUGCAGCACUUGGUGUCAGUUACGCUGAUCCGCAAAAGUUCUGUGUAAGAGCUUCGAAAAUUCUGCGUUUGCAAAAUCUGUUUGCCGUCAAACCAUGUCUUUUGCAGCUAACUUUAGAUUGUAAAGAAAUCCCAGAAAUGAAGCCAAUACAUCUACCGUUUGGUGUAAUGGGUAUAGGUUCAGAUUGUUCGAUGGGAUUGUUUCUAGAUGGCCAAUAUAUCAGACCUCGACAUGCAGUUAUCAAUUAUCAAGAUGGUGUUGUGACAAUCACACCAUCUGAUCAAAAUGCUUAUAUUGAGGUUGACGGUCAACGUAUUUCUCGAACCAUAGCUCUUCGUGAUGGAAACAUAAUCGGUAUUGGUCACAGCCAUAUGUUUCGUUAUCUAAGUGCUUGGGGCGCUGAGAAGAUGCAUACAGUUAAUGGAAGCAAUAACAGAUUGGAAAUAAUGCCCGGAUUGAAGAGUUCUGAAGCAAACAAUAUGAAAAGAAUGGAGACAACGUUCGAUAUUGCCGGCAAUAUGAUAUCGAUUCCAAUUAAAAGUGCAGGACUGUUAUCGUCAUCGUUCUCGAUUAAUCAUCAUCCCAGUUCAAAUAAAAGUUUACAUCUCCUUGGCAUACCACUUCCAGGUUUGGCAGCCCAUAUGAGAUGUAAAUCAACCACUGAUAUUCCAUUAGGUAUUGCUGCUGCUACUGCUAAUAAAACGGACAAACUAGCAGUUUGUCGAACGAUAUCCUCCUCUGAUUUAUUCAGCCGAAUGUUAGCAUCAUCGUCAACAAUAAGUGGAGAACCAGAAAAUGUUUCAGCAUCUACCAUAAAUAGAUUUGGAACAGAAAAACCAAUGUGUAUGGUUGAUACAUUACCAGCGUUGGCUGAAGUUAAAGAAGAAGCUGAAGACGAAUUUCUGCAUCGAUUAAUUUGUCCUGAAAGAGAAGAUACGCAGUUUAAACUUACACCAGCAUACGUAGUAUAUGUGGUUGCACGUCAUCGACUAUUGUUUCCUUCGCAAACAGUUCCUAUUUCUGAUAGCCGCACGCGACUACAACUAUUUUUGACAAAAGCUGCUAAUCGUUUUCUUCUUAUUUCGAAGCAACGACGAUCGCGAGAGUCUCUGGGAUUCUGGCUGGCAAAUUCAAGUGAAUUAUUGAAUUUCUUCAAACAAGAUAUUGACUUAUCAUUAUUGUCACGUGGUAUGCCUCAGCAGAUUUUAGCUGAUUGUGUUGAAAAGACAUUUGAAAUGCUGGGAACAGCAUUAAAAAGUAGUUUGGACAGCGCCUUAAAUUCAAUUAGGGACGCAUUCCUGGAUGAUCGAUCUGCUUCACAUGAUAUGGUUGCAAGAUUGGAGGAAAUUAUGUGUCUGUUACGUCAUUGUCGACUGAAUGCAGCAUUAACAAUUCAGUUGUUCUCGCAAUUAUUUUAUUACAUUAAUGUGGUACUUUUCAACUGGCUUGUAUCUUCAUCUGGCAUACCUUACUGCAGCAGAGCCUUCGGUGUUCGGUUGCGAAACCGUCUUGGUUACGUAAAUGAAUGGGCCUAUCAGCAAGGACUGGAGUUGGCAGCUGAAUGUCACAUGGAUCGUAUCAAUCAAGCAAUAAUUCUUCUUGUAACACCGAAAACUGUUGAUCAGAUUAGUAAUUUAGGUGCCACGUGUUACAAAUUGAAUAGUGUGCAGGUACGUUGGUUCCUUGAGCAUAUAGUAUUAGAUGUUGGUGAAGAGCCAAUCGUGAAGGAGCUAGUUGAAAGUGUUGUACGACUUGCGGAAAUACACGCAGAUGUGAUGACAACUCAAGAUGAAACAUCCAUACAACUUGAGGAAGAGCCACAACUACAACUGCCGUUCCUUCUUCCUCAGGAUGGCUAUUCUCCAGAUCUCAUCCGUGGACUUUCUCCUGCUUUUGCUGAAGUAAUUAGUGGUUUGCAAGCUCAAGGUUUAUGUCGUUUCUUUCCACAAAACCAUUCCUCAGGCAGUUGGACAGUUUACUUGAAAGCUGGAUCUGCUACCGAAGAAUCUGCGAACACCCCUUUAGAAAGGCUGAAGAAAAAAGAAUCGAUCAAUUCAGAAGUAGGGACACUACCGAACAGUUUGCAUGAGCAAAUGUCGAUGUCUAAUGUAAAUUCACUAUCCGGACGAGAACAACAUCCAGAGAUUGUAAUGAUCAGUAUUAAUCGUGGUACUGGUGGAAUCGGGUUAAGUAUUGUAGCUGCUCAGGGAAUCGGAGAACGUUCCAUUGGUAUUUAUGUAAAGAAAGUUGUGGAUGGUAGUGCCGCACAUCGAGAUGGUCGUCUAGAAUCUGGAGAUCAGCUACUUUCUGUCAAUGGCCAGUCACUUAUUGGCAUCAGCCAAGAAGAGGCGGCAUCGAAAAUGUCUUCGAGUGGACCGAUCGUAUCAUUUGAGGUAUAUAAGCAUGCCGCACGAUACAAUGGUCUUUACGAAUGGUUAAAUAAUCCUCCACAAGCGCAAGUACCAUCAUCAGGCAUCCAUUCUAUUACGCAAGCAGGUCAACUACCUUCUGGUCAACAGUCAACGAUGCAGAACUCUUCAGCGAACGUAAAAUCUGCACGUAAUGGAUAUCCAGGAACAAUGACUAAUAAUGUUUAUCGGACACAGCCGUCACGUGGUACUACUAUGAUGACCGAUCAACAACCUAUCAAAAGUCGCUCAGCUUCAACAUCUAACAUUUAUCAGAAUCCGGUUGACAAAACAUUGACGAUAUCUUUGACAUCGUUGCAGCCAUCUUCUGCUGCUACCACCGUUCCAGUACACUGUGAAAAAUACCAAACAAAUACAAUAAAUUCACAGCGUAGUAUCAUGCCAUCUCAUUAUCGCAAUGUUCGUCCCAUCGUUAUACAGCCUUCACGUCCUACACCAUCACCAACUCUACGUCAACAGCAACAGUACCAUUCACGAUCACAUUCUCCAUCUCAUCUUUAUGCGAACUCUAAUUUUUCCUCUUCCAAUCAUUAUCAAAAUUCAGCAUUGAAAAAUGCUUUGUCAUCCGAACAUGUUCUGUCAAGUGCAUCAUCGUCACCAAUUACCGACUACGCAAAUUUACCCUUGAUCGAGGAUCAUCAUUCUGCAUUCGAAUCAUCUUAUUCUUCUACCUCUUCGCGCAAUGCUCCAUAUCAACGUCCUUUUUCACACAAUUCUACUCAGCAACAAUUUGAGGCUUCACGAACCAUUAAUACAAAUCCCACAUUACGUGAGCAAAAUUCGGUUGCUUCCACAUCAUCACACGAUUCUGCUCGAUCAUCCAUUGUUGCUACAACACAAGAAUUAGGCGUGAUGAUGGAUGAAUGUUCAGGACGUCGGUUUACGAAGAAAGCACCACCUGUACCGCCGAAACGUCAUAUCACUAGGCGAGAUGAGCUGAACGAGCAGUUGGAUGAACUUGAAUCAAAAGGUUCUGCAAUGACUGAAGCGGAUCAUCAAAAAUAUCGUGAGCUUGUUAACGAGCUAGCAAAAAUUCGCACACCAUUUCCGAUUGAAUCAAAUUCAAGUAAAAACAUUUCUGAACAAGAGCAAUCGAAAUCCCUAUCACCAGAGAUUGUUAUUCCUUCCAAACAGAACGAUUCUUGCUUUGAACGGCCGAAAAACUCACCACUGUCAGAAAAAUGUGAAAAGACAUCAAUAAAAUUAGAAAUGAAUGAGAUUGGAAAAAUAACUGAACAACUGAAGCAAGAUACUCCUGUAGUAGAAGCAGAGGGAAUGCUGAAAGAAAAAGAAGAUGCUUUAUUGACCAGAAAGAACUCCGAUAAGACGCUAAUGAAAAAAAAGGGAGUGCAAUGGGAUGACAAAGUUGACAGUGAUAGUCAGCUUAUUUAUGAAGAUGACGAUCAACAGGAACCAAGAACUCAAGUACUUGGUACCCAGGAAGUAUAUCGAGAUCCACGACAGGCACGUCUCAUUGAAUUGGAAGCAAAACAACAUGCAGCAAAAGAAGCAAAGAUUGAUGGUUCCAAACUAGGAUUUCGCGACAAAAUGCAAUUAUUUGCGGAGCAAAUCGGUGAAAAAGCUCUGAAGAAUCGCUACAAAGCAUCCACUAUACAGCGUGAAAUUGAACAAACAGUUGAUGAUUUCUGA